AUGUCUGUGUGCAACGAGUUUGUGGAACACAUCUGGAAACCUGGAUCAUGCAAGAACUGCUUUCAUCCAAAAAGUGACCAUCGAAAGCCUCAGGCAUCCUCAGAUGGAAAGACCAGCAAUUUGCCAGCCUUGCCAAGUCUUAAUGGAAUUAGGACCAAGUCGGAGAACAACAACCAAGAUGAUGACAUUAUAACUGCUGCUCUUUAUUCAAAACCCACCAUAGCAGUAAAACCUACUAUGAUUACUUCAGAUACUGCAGAGGAGUGGGCCCAAAUGAACAGCACAGAGACUCUAACUCAGGUGAGUUGGAAAGUGUCUUCAACAGGCAAUUCAAUUUUGAAAUCG